AAAAUAUUUAUUCCCAAUGGUUCAGUCUUUUAUGUGUAUUCCCAAUAACCAGUCAAUUUGUGAUUUAUUCGUAUAGUGAGAGUGAAUGUAGUUUGGUCAAUAGGUUUUUAUGUGAGAUAAUUAUGCUUGGUAAGGGCCAUAUACUCCCUUAAUCCCAUACCAAUGUUUAGAAAGAGGUACAAUUUGGGUGGUUAGGGUGUGUAUUCUUGUUUGGCAACCUCUUGCAAUUAAUGAAGAUACUUGUACUUUGUCUUUCUGAGGCAAGAAGCCAUCCAAUUAACAUAAACACAGAUACAUGCGCAUACACACACCCACACACACACAUAUUGUAUCUCCAAGAGGGCUAUUUCAAAACAGAACAUUAAAAAGUCCACAUAUCCUUGAGCAACAUGAGAUUAGCUCUACCUCAACACAACAUACAGUUCUAUGUAACCAGAGAGGUCUGCAUGCCACAGUAGCUAGUCUGUGGUUGAGUGGCCUACACAGACCUAUCAUUACAGUGGCUGAUGAUCUAGGUCCAUCAUUUAUGUCUCUCUGAAUGGCGCAACACACAUGUACAUGAAUACAGACACACACAUAGCCUACACACACACACACACACACACACAUUAGGGCACAAUGUUCACAUUAAUAGAAUAGAGAUGUAUAUCGUUGAAAGGUCUUACUCUGCUGAAAAGCUGCUAGAUAGUAUGCAUGCAGGCCUACAAUGUUUACAUCCUACACCGCCAUCAGAAAAGCUUGUAGGAUCAAAUGACAGGUGUGUAACAAUUGCUGCAGGGACUCACCCAGGCCCAUACCACCUGACCUGCCUGCACAUGGCUCUCGUUUGUAACCAAAAGACAUCAUUACAUUACAUGCACUGGCUGAUCUGCUCUGAGUGUAAAAUCUGAAACCAAUCUCAAGUGUGAAGGAGGGAUUUACUUUGCGUAGGCUAUCUAUCUUGAAUCUGUUUAAUUACUACAUGUGCGUAAUGACGCGUGCGUAAACCCUUUGGGACCUGUAUAGUAACCUAUCAUAUAUUUACUGUUCUAAAUGGAUAGGGUUUUAUCAGAAAUCGAUGUGAAGAGUUAACAAAUUCAUGGCAGCUAAAACAUUUUUUUCAUUUCAGACGUCAUAGUGCAAUGGGCGUGAUAUAGUCUCCCCAUGACAGGCAUUAAAUGUGUGUUGCUGUUACUGUGAAAAUAAACUCACAUCAGACAACUCUCAUAAAAUAAUCUAGUCAUAUAGAAUAUCAUUUCGUAAUUAUAAUGGUUUAUUUUUUCUCUUCUCUGUUGGUUAUUUUAUUUACCGUGCUAUGCUAUGUGUGAUCCUCUGUCCUUUCCUUAGCUGGCAAUCUGGGUUCCAAAAAUCUGUCACCAUUCCAAAGCGAUGCGUCUUCGUAUGGCGAGCAGAGAGCGGAGAGAGAUAUUUAGAGCGAGACAUAUUUAUUUCACCACUGCCGAAGAGAAUACCGCAGCUAUUAAUAAAUAAAUAACGACGUAGUAAAACUGUUUGACUGUAUGACAAGAUCUCCUCUGACUUCUUCUGCUAAAGACACGAAAUAGCCUGACUCAAGCAUGUAAUAUCGGUCUCAAAUCACGUUAAUGCGAGCUGCAUAAAUAAUGCGGGUGUGAGUAACAUAUACUGUAAACGAAGGGAGAAAUCAGGGAGGAUAGCGGAGGGCCAGUGGUAAGCGGCUCACCACUACGAGCCUGUCGUCUGUGCCAGACCAAAGGCGGGGAGAGCGGGCCGAGACAGCAACAUGUCGAACCGAAAACAUCGGGACAACCAAGAGAUAUGCGCCCGCAAGGUCCGGGAGUUGGCCCAGGCUGGAGUAAACAAACACUGCUUCGAGUGCAGUCAACCCGGGGUGACUUACAUCGAUAUCACCGUGGGCUGCUUCGUUUGCACGUCGUGCUCUGGAAUGCUGAGAGGACUCAACCCUCCCCACAGAGUCAAGUCUAUCUCCAUGACAACCUUCUCCCAACAGGAAGUGGAGUUUCUGCAAAACCAUGGCAAUGAGGUGGGGAGGAGGACCUGGCUGUGUGUCUUUGAGCCAAAGACAGAUGCAUGCUUCAACACAAGGGACUCACAGAAGCUCAAGGAGUUCCUCCAGGACAAAUACGAGAAGAAGAAAUGGCAUUUUUCGAAGAACAAGAGCCGGAGGGAGGUGGAGGGACCCUGGAGCCCGCCGGGGGUGCAGGCCUUACCCUCCUCUCACGGCCCUCCGCCCGCCCAGGCCCCAUCCCACGCCAUGCCCCCCUCCGCCAGACCCAUACGCACACUGUCCCAGUCCCAGCUCUCGUCCUGGGGGGACAGAGUCCCCACCAUCUCCCCUGCGGACAUGAGGGCUGAUGUGUUUACCGCCCGUGCUCCCUCACGCUCCCAGAGCUUUAGAGACCCCCCAAUGAAAGAGUCUCUACUGAGAGGUAUAGAGAGACAACGUCCAGGCUCUCUCUCUUCAACGAUGGGACCCCAGAGCCACGCCCCCUCCUUUCCUGCCCUCCCUCGACCCUCAGGUCGCACAGUGUCCUCCUCGGGGGGCUUAGCCCCCUUCAGGGCCUUCCCUAAGUCUCUGAGUGUGGAUUUUGGGGGGCUCAGCCAGCAGCAGAGUCACAGUGCCCUCAGCAUCACCCCCCCAGCCCCCGGCCCAAACACACACACAAACCACCAGGACCGCUACGCUGCCCUGUCCCAACUAAACAGUGUCUUCUCUGACACGUCGCCUGGACCUACAGCACCCCCCGGUGGACUACCCCAGUAUAGCACCCUAUUUGGGAACCGCCUGUCCUCCAGUUCCACUCCUGCCAGCUCUCCAGGCGUGGAUGCUGUGUCGGGAUCUCAAACAUUUGCAAGCUUCCCCAACCCGUUCAGCUCCAGUUCCAACUCUCAGCAGCAACAGCCUGCCCUGUCCCCCAGUAACCCAUUCAACAGGUCCACCUCAGGAGGUGACUCCAGUGGGUUCGUCAGCUCUCCAACCUCAGUGUUCCCUCCGUCCGCCACCUUCCCAACUCCGGCUACCCAGAAUGCAUUUCCACACAAGCAUGCCAACAACCAGGAAGCCAAUGGUUUUGCCUCUUUCCCGGCAUCGGACUCUCAACCCAAAGUUCCUCGUCCAAUGUCAGUGAACCCAUUCACUGGGAAUGUUUACCCGAGUAGAGGAACGUCGCGAAACCCUUUCAUCUGAUACCGGCGCCCCGGCUACCCCCCAACCACCCCUGGGCACAUGAAGACCAGUGAACUUUAGGAGCUGCUGCCAUUUCAAUGCCUCUAGAGUAUUUUCGCCUUCAGAGAGAGGGGAAGCAUUCAUGCAGGCUCCUCUCCCCUCUGUGUGUGUGUGUGUGUGGAGUCUCUGUACAGUAAUGUUGAUCCGUUGAAAUAACGUGUACGUGUGUGUGUGUGUGUGUGACCAUAUAUUAAAGGUGUUUGUAUGACAAUAGAAUCCACCUCAGGGCUCAGUGGGUGCCAUCAGACAAGACACACACACACACACUUCGCUGUUUCUCCCAUGUCCCGCUUUUGUGCAACAACAGUCCCAUUCUUAAAACAGUACGCCAAAUCAUCACAUUCGGCUUGCUUUUUUGGAGCCACCUCUGAAAACGGCCUUUAAAAACUAGCCAGUCCAGUCAGUCAGUGUAUAUCAAGUUACAAAAGGGAGAGAGAUCCCGCUUCAAGGCUAUGAAAGCUGAACAUGAUGACGAGCAAAAAAUUAUGACAAGCAAAGCAUUUUUUUUUCCUUUAGUGAUGGUUAUGGCAGCCUUAACAUAACAUCCUCCUAAUGCAUGUAGAUAGGAGGACAUUACAGACAAGCCUGUCUUUCCCCCCCAUGUGCUGUGUGUAUGUAUGUGGAGAACACGUUUGUAUCGUUUUAUGUCAGUUUUUGUCUUGAGUAAAUCAUUUGUGUUUCAGUCUCAGGCUGCAUGUGCUUGGAGGGCUUCAAAGAGGAGAUACUAUUGAAUGUAAAAAGCUAUUUUCACAACAAAACAGUUUUAUUUCUCCCUAUAAUGGACCAAAUAUUUGUUAUUUGGGGUGAAAAUAUGGAGAUGAAAUUGAUCUCUUGCAAACAAAAGAUAGAGUUCUAUUGAGAAAGUGUGUGUAAUGAUGUGUCCAUGUUCAUAAAUUCAAAUAUUUGUUGCGUCUUUAAA